AGUUUUAGCACCAUAUACAUCAUACGGUGCGAGCAACUUUUUUACGCAUUGUCAUUGUUUGAACAAUGUCGCAACAACAACAAGCAGGCCAUACUAUCGCUGAUGUAUACAAAGGUGUGAUAAAUGAUGUUAUCGGACAAGUUAAGGAAGCAUUUCUGGACGAAAAUGUUGAUAUUGAUGUCUUACAGCAGCUCAAAAAGGAUUGGGAAGAAAAGUUAAUUGCGAGCAACAGUGUUGAUUGGGAUGGUCCACGACAUGUACCACCACCUCCACUGCGGCAGAUGAAACAACCGAUUAUGACAAGUACAACUAUACCUCCAGGCAGUACUGUGCGUAUCGCACAAAAUGGGCAGCACAUAUUGGUCCAACAGUCAGCACGAUCAUCAUCAUCUUCUUCGUCACAGGUUGCACAGCCGGCUUUGAUUAUGCAAGCAAGCGGUACAUCAAGCGUACAAAGGCCAGUACACCAGGUACAAUACAUUAGUGCCGCCAAUAUUCCAAUCAGCAGUGAUCCAAAUACUGUUGUAAUACAGCGGCAAUCAUUGAACCAGAAUACAUCGCAGAUAGCCACUAUGGCUCCUGGAAUGAUUACAUUUCCUGCUGGGCAAGGUCAAGCGCGAAUUCUUCAGCAAGGUGGUCAGCAAUUUUUGAUGCAUGCAGGAAGUGGGACAACUAGUCUGCCGACAGGCAGUAGCGUUAUGAUUUUGAAUGCAGGUUCACAAAUCCCGGUGACCCUGAAUAACGCUGUCGUUUAUCAGCCCGCAAAUAGACAGUUGCUUCAUUCCGGACAAUCUAAUCCGAAACCGGAAGACACAAUACAGAUGCUUGAUGGAGCAACAAGUUUGACUGUUAAUACGUCUAAGGCUGGUUCAUCUCGUACAGAUCGCAAACAACCAGAACGAGAAGACGAUCAGAAAUGCAAGGGUACUUUUAAAAAGUUUGUACAAGUAGAUGGAGCAACUCGAGUAAGUGAUUCAUCAUCAGAAGAAGAAGAAAUGGAUGAAGAGGAUGAUGAUGAUCCGUUGAGGACAAUUGCUGACCGUAUAAGUGACGAAGGAAAUGCAGUUGAAGACGAGGACCAGGUGACCGAAGAAGAUCCUCUGAAUUCUGGUGAUGAUCAGAGUGACGAUGAAGACGUAGAGAGGCUUUUCGAAGCAGAGAACCUCGUUAUGUGCCAAUUCGAAAAAGUACAUCGUGCUCGCAGUAAGUGGAAGUUCACGUUGAAAGAUGGGAUAAUGCAUAUACGUGGUAAGGAUCACUGCUUUCAGCGUUGUUCGGGUGAGGCCGAGUGGUAGCAGCUACGUUAGUGGACAAUGAAGGAAACUGUUUGAUUCGUUCCAAGUGUAUGUAAGUAUGGCUAAGAUUAGACAUAACGAUUUAGAUGUAAUUGGUUGUUUAGUAUUGAUUUUGGAAUUCGGUUUUUUAAGUUUUGAAAUGGUUGGCAUAAUUUGGAAUUUAAAACUUCUCUUAUCACGUGAACGAAAAUUUGCAGGUUGACUUUAUGUAGAUUGGGAUCUACAGCUUAUUAAAUUUGGCAUAUAAAUCUAUAGUACCAUUA